AUGCAAAGAUCCGCGGAAUCUCCAAAUAAUAAUAAAAAUAUUGAACCGUCAGAAAAAGAAAUUAUGGAAUAUGUGAGAACAAAUGAAAUUAUACCAGUGAGUUUUAUUUAAUUUGAGAGAGAUUUUGAAUUUAAAUAGAGAAACUCCAGAUUCGAUGUGGAACUGUGUCUGGAUUACUACAUAAAAAGCUUUUCGUCUGCCCCGGACUUCAUGAAAAAUGUAUAAAAAUGGAAUGUGAGUGAAAGUUUUGAUUGAUUAAACUAUUGAUGUAUUUCACAGGUGUGCCUAAUUAUAUGUCUCCAGUAGAGUUCACAGUUCGUGGGGACAAAUAUCGACAAAAAGAUUGGAAGGGAAGCAUUCGAAUUGGAAAAAUACCAAUGAGAAAACUGAUGGAUUUGAAAAUUAUGGAUUUUCAUGAUCAUUCCAAUAAUUGCACGGCGAAAUGUGUUUCGCGGAAUUUCAUUGCUCCAAAAGAAGACACUCCGAUUGUGGAAAUGGUGAAGGAACGGAUGUGAGUUAUGGAGGAAAUAUUUAUUUACACGGGAAAGCUUGAUGGCUGGAACUAUUAAUUUUUUUCUUUUCAAUUAAAAAAAUACAAAUUUUAUAGACUACGAGAGAGCUUGGAAUCAGUGUCAAAAUUGAACGAAGGAGCUUCAACUUCCCAAACAUCGCCAGCUCCCAGCUCCAGCACUCAAUUUCGAAAUGCUCAAGUUUAUACAUUUGUACGAAGCAAUAAUACAUCAACUGUCCAAACUAAACCUCCAACAACAGAACUAUCUACAGAAGAAGCUCAAGAUAAAUAUGAAACUGAUCAGUUAUUCGAAAAAAUGACAAGACAGCCGGCUUAUUUUUGGGGGCAGAUGAAAGAAAUGGGACUUGCUGAUUCGAUUAUUAGUGAUAUGAUUGUUACGUUGAAUUUCAUGCGAUAUAAAUUGAAAAAUGGAGGAAUUCCAGAAGUUGCACAAUCUUUAUCGCAAUCUAUUGCGGCUUUGGGAACUUGUGAACAUGCGAUUGCGGCGAUUCGAUUGAAACAAACUAGAGUUGAUCGAACAAAACAUGGUGCAUAUAGGGAUCCGCAACAAUUUAGAGUGGUAAGGUUUUCGAAUUUGAAAAUAACUUUGUCACGUCAUAACUCAUAUUAGGAGUUGAGAUGUGCAAUUUUUGACAAUGGGAUCGUGAUCAGCGGGUCAAAAAAUUUCAGAAAAAUAUUUUAUCAAACUUUCCGAAUGGAAAGUUGAAACGGUUAAGUAUUUUCCUAACAUUCAGAAUAAUCUUGACAGAAUUUUCUUUUAGGUUGAUCAACCACCACAAUCCAAUCCAAAUCCAAAUGCAUUGGAAUUGUUAGCAAAAGAAUAUCUCGAAGAACAGGCGGAAGAAGAACAAAAGAGAAUGCAGCAGCAUGAAAAUAGCUAA